AUGACUCAGGGCGAGCUCAGAGGUGGCCGCCCCGUGGCAAACGAGGCUUCGAGAGAGGGAGCGUCCAGACGAAGGACAGGGGAGCUUGGACUGGCCCUCGAGAGCGGACCCGCCAAUGGAGAAAAGUCGCAAGGGAAGUCACGCUCUGCUUUCUCGCACAGCAAGAUCCCGAUGGGGGUUCGGGGGGACGGGUUCAGGAGGCGGGCGGGGUCGGCGUGCUGGAGGGUGCCACGUUCGGAGGCGCCGGAUGGUGGAGCCUUGGCGUCGGUUGGCGUGUGCCUGCAGCUGGUGGGCCUGGUCCUCUCGCUCCUCGGGUGGUUGGCCUCGGGUGCCUGCUGCGCCCUGCCCCUCUGGAAGAUCACCGUCUUCAGCGGGCAGACCCUGAUGAUCAAGCAGAAGAUGACCGAGGGCCUGUGGGUCAGCUGUAUCCUGCCCGGGCCCGGGAAGGCUAACUGUCGGGCCUUCAGCAGCUCGGGCAAGGAGGUGACCCUGGACGUGCAGAUAGGCCGUAUCCUCACCCUGACCACCGUGACCAUGGCCUUCCUGGGACUGUGCGUCAACUGCCUUGGCACCAGGUGCAUCAGCUGCGUCCCCAGACAGGGGGUCAAGUCCAGGCUCCUGACCGCCUCAGGAGUGGUCUUCAUUGUGGCCGGCACUGCCCAGCUCUUGGCUGUCACCUGGCCGGCCUACGUGCUGGCCACCGACUUCCACCACCCGCUGGUCUCCGAGGUCCUGCACAUCUCCAUCGGGCCCUGCAUCUACAUCGGCUGGGCGGCAGGAGCCCUGCUCCUGAUGGGGGGUUGCCUGCUGGGGUGUCCAUGCUGCCGCCGCUGCAGGAGACCCGACUAUGAUGGGCAGUACCCGGCGGGCAGGGCCUCCGACGGCGCAGCGAGGAACUUUGUGUGA